UUGGCCCAAGCCCUUUGCUGCGCAGCCUGCCUUCUACUUGGGAAUGGCAGCCGUUGUGCGAGGAGGAGUCCUGGAGACGGAUGACGAUAACAAUGUGGUGUACCGAGUCAUGGAGGUGCCUGACAUCCCAGCUGCCAUAGAGGCCGUGGCUCUGGCCUUUUACGAGGGCGAGCCUGUGAUGCUGGCCUCUGGCGGCACGCUGCGCGACUGGCAGCGCUUCGCCGAGAUGUACGUGCCUCGCAUGGCCGCGGAGGGGCAUACGGUUUUGGCGGUGGAGAAGGCAUCCGGCCAGAUCAUCGGGGCCUUCCUGAACGAGGACUUCAACAAUCCGGAUCCCCAGGACUUUGAGCACUUCCUGGAAAGCAGCGACGGCGACUGGAGGCCGAUCAUCGGCAUGGUGGAGGACCUGGAGGAGAGCCUUAUGAAGGCCCACUCCAUUCCGCUGCAGGCCUCAGAGCGGCCCGCAGGCCAGUUCUUCCACCUCUGGAUGAUUGGCGUGUCUUCUUCCGCGCGGGGCCGAGGCGUCGCCACAAAGCUCUUCCAUCACUCCCUGGCACUGGCAAAGGCGCGGGGCUUCAAGCUCGCCUUCGCAGAGUGCACGGGGGCCGUGAGCACGCACAUCUUCCAGCGCUUCGCGCCUCGCCUGGACAGCUUCGUCAGCUAUGAGACCUGGGACAAGCUGCCCACCUCCCCUGAGCUGAAGCAGCUGAAGCAGAGUGGGCAUCCUGGCAUGUCCAUGCUUUCCGUGGACCUGGCCUGAACACAAAGUGAGCCAGGCGGAA